GUCCUCCAGGAGAACAGAUCUUACGGUGUCACUCGCAGCUGUUCAGUUCAUGGACUAGGAUCAUGAAAAAAAUCAAAUCAGUCUUUUGUGUCAUUCCAACCAUGAGACUCAUCUUUCAAGCAUAUUCAAUGAUCUUCAUGCUAGGCAACCUUGUGGCUUCUCAGUCACUAUCUUCUGGUGGGAAAGAUGCCAUCAACACCACAAUAAUCAACUUCAAUAAUGAGAAGAUGCAGAUCACAUGGGCAGCAAGAGAGCUUUUUCCCAAUGAGAAUGUGUCAUUUUUUUACACAUUUGGUGAAGGCAAGAACAAAGUUUGGAAGCCAUGUAUCACCUAUUUAUUGGAUCAAGAUUAUAAUUCUGGAUGUCUUUUUAAGACAGAAGGACCUACUCUUGCCAUUUCUAUCAGGAACAGCAAUGGAAGUGAAGAGCUUUUUUAUAAAAAUCUAAAAGCUGAUUUUUACAUAAAGCCCAGUCCACCAGAAAAUGUGACCUUCUUCUGGGAAGAGGACACUGUUACUGUAAGCUGUAAUAAACCAGAGAGAAAUGCAUGGUGCUUGACAUUUGAGCUUCAGUACAAAAGCAAAUUUGACAAAGAGUGGCAAUCCAGAACUUCUAAAUGCUGCAGUGUUAGAGAGCAAGGCUUUGAUCCAAGGAAGUGCUACUCUUUCCGGGUCAGACUGAGGAGGCGAGUACCCUACUGCAACGUAGUUAAAUACAGCAGUGACUGGGCAGCUGAAACAUUUUGGAUGAAUGGCACGUUAUUAGAUUCAUGUGAUGAUGAUAUAACUCCUCAGUCAAAAACAGUAAUUGUUUUAAGUUGUUUGCUGGCAGUACUCUUAAUGAUGCUUAUCCUCCUGAUUCUUCUGUGUAAAUGGCAGAGGGUUCGGAUGUCAAUCCUGCCUGCUAUACCAGACCCAAAAUACCCAUUUGCUGAUCUCUUCAAUUAUCAUAAUGGAAAUUUACAGGAAUGGCUAGACAAAAAUGACCACGUGGUGUUGCAAACCAAGCUAGAAUAUGAAGAACCAGAGUCCAUCACCGAGGCAGAAAGCCAGCAAGAAGAUGGGAAGAACAGUGGUAAAGAGGAGCCUUUGGAAAAAAUCUUCACUUUUCCAGGAGCAGCUGAAAAUAAUGACAGCAAAGCAGCUGAGAUUGCCUGCCUGAUACCAGCAUCCAACACUAUGGCUCCUUUUGCUGGCUUACAUGUUUUAAUGAAUGACGACAUGUAUGUGAUGUUAUAAAAGCUGCAGAAGGUGUUAUGAAAUUCCAUAAAAAUCCUGAUGUGUUUGGGAGAGUAACUGAAUAGAAAAAGUCAUCAUGAUAAGAUUCACAUCAAGAAAGACACUGGGCUGUGUUUUUAGAUGUGUACUUUCCCAACAGCUACGAUCUCUUGGGCAGACUCAAGUUUUUGAAACAAACUCCUGAUAAUUAAUAGAGUCAGGAUUUGUUCUUCUAAUUGAGGAUUUGUUCUUCUAAUUGGGGUUUAUCCCUAAGCCCCAUUUUCCUUCUGUGGACAGGGGAGCAUAGGAGCUCCAUAGGAGCAUAAUAUAUGUCAACAGAGCUGAGAUUUAGUCCUUCUGCUUAUGAAGUGUGUAGAACAGGGCAAACAACACCAUUGUUCUUCCCAAAUGAAGAGAGAAAAUAAAAAAGUUUUGCUGUCUCAUGUAAAGAUAUUUUUGUUGUGUAACUUUGCAUUUCAUGGCAUGCCUUAAAGGUUUUAUAGAGACGAAUAAGGCCCACUUCUAAGAGAAGAGCAAGAAUGUACAGUAUUGAAUCACAUUUUAGCCUGCAGAUACUUCUGUGUAGGCAGCUUCCUCCAGAACAGAUGGGCUUCAAGUGUUUCCUCAGAAGGUCAUGUCCUCUGUAUCUUACAGUUUUUGAAUAGUCAGCAUCCUACAGCCUUUAUUUUAGAAAACUGAAGUUCAUUUUGAACAGUAUUUAUGUUUACAAGAGUUUAAUUUAUUUCAAACUGGGGUUUAGUGCAAUCAGCAGCUGUAGACACAAAUUAGCACUUCUUGUCCAUAUUGCAUAUACUGGUCUCUUGUUUCUCUUUAGCAAAUGAGGAGUUUGUUUUUUUUCAAUAAGUUUAAAAAUAAGUUUAGACCAAUAUUUUAAAGUUUUCUAAAUAUACCAUCUUUUAAAAUAUGUUUAAUUUAAAAUUUAAAAUGAAAUAUACUAAACAAUCAGACUUGA